CCUCCCUGCACCCGGCCCCGGACCUGGACCCGGACCCGGACCCAGAUCCCGACCGGCGGCACCCCCACGAGGAGCAGUAUGUGAGCGUGGGGGAGUCCAGCCAGCUCGACGCGCGCCCGGCGCCUCCCGACUGCAGAGACGCCGAGACCAUCACAGAUGUGUGCAACAGCACCGACCUGCCGGAGUUUGAGAUCAUCAGUCUUCUGGAGGAGCAGUUGCCGGUGUACCGUCUGCGGGCCGACACCGUCUACGGCUACGACCACGAUGACUGGCUGCACACUCCCCUCGUCGCACCGGACGCCAGGAUCGACCUGACCACCGAGCAGAUCGAAGAGACGCUCAAAUACUUCUUGCUAUGUGCAGACAGAGUGGGCCAGAUGACGAAGACCUACAAUGACAUCGAUGCUGUCACACGUCUGCUGGAGGAGAAAGAGAGAGAUUUGGAGUUGGCUGCAAGAAUCGGCCAGUCGCUUCUUAAGAAGAACAGAAAUCUGACGGAGCAGAAUGACUAUCUGGAGGAGCGAGUGGGACAAAUCGCAGAAGAGGUGGCCCAGCUGCACCAUGAGAUGAACCUGAAGGAUGAGCUGCUGCAGUUUUACACCAAUGCAGUCGAGGAGAGCGAGGACGAGUCCAGCAGCUCCCCAACAGGUAAAAGGAGUAAAGUGGAAACGGCUACAGGAGGCAUACUCCAGAGGAAACUCAAAGAGCUGGAAGACGAGAACCUCUCACUCCGCUCAGAGGCACACCAUCUGAAAUCGGAAACUGAAAUUUAUGAAGAAAAGGAGCAGCAGCUUGUCAACGACUGUGUGAAAGAGCUCCGGAUGUCCAGCCUCCAAAUCUCUACCAUAGCGGAGGAACUGGCUCGUAAGACGGAGGAUGCUUCCCGCCAGCAAGAAGAGAUCACACACCUCCUCUCUCAGAUAGUAGACCUGCAAAAGAAAGCCAAAUCUUUUGCGGUGGAGAACGAGGAACUUUCUCAGCACCUGGUGGCAGCUAAAGAUGCCCAAAGGCAGCUUACAGCUGAGCUCCAGGAGUUGGAGGAGAAGUACUUAGAGUGUAUCGAGAUGCUGCAUGAAGCCCAGGAGGAGCUGAAGAACCUGAGGAACAGAAACUUCCCCGCAGGAACUCCUCGGCGCUGCCAUCCUCUCGGACUGUACCCGAUGGACUCUCUGGCAGCGGAGAUCGAGGGAACAAUGAGGAAGGAGCUGAGUCUGGAGGACCCCGAGUGCGAGGAACUGAAAAUCCAUCGGAGGCGCGUGUUUGAGACGGUGAAGAACGUGAACCAGACGGUCCGUCAGCGCUCUCUGACUCCAACCAGCGCCAACAUCCCGGGCUCCAACCAGUCUCUGUCAGCGCGGACGUCGCCCCAGUCCAGCGGCCUCUCCACACCUUACUCCAGCAUGUACGGAGGGGACUUCAGCGGAGACGGUGUUGCCCUUGACAACAGAACGCAGAGCAUCCUGAUGGAGACGGCAGCCAAUCAGGAGAGCAGAGAGGGUCGAGAGAAGAAGGCCGGCGGACCUGAGGACCUGCAGCUCGCUCUGCGCCGCCUGUCUCUGCGUCGACAAAACAACCUGAGCGAGAGGCGCUUCUUUGAAGAGGAGAGGGUGCGGAGACGGGGCGGACAUGACAGUCUACAUGAUGCCCUGGGCAUAGAGAGUCCGUUGACUCCCUCAGAAAGCAUCAUGUCCCUUGGAAACCUCCACCUUUGGGCCUCACGAGGGCCUUACCUCCCUGACAAACUCCAGAUCGUCAAACCGCUUGAAGGCUCUGCCACCCUGCAUCACUGGCAGCAGUUAGCUCAGCCUCACCUCGGCGUCAUUCUGGACGCCCGGCCGGGAGUCGUGCCGAAGGGAUACAGACCGCUUGAACUAGAGCUGGAGCAGGCAUAUCCGUGGGGCGGCUUUGAGGAGGAUGAACCAGGAGAGCAAUACUUCCAGAAUCUGCCCACCUCCUCCGCCUCUUCCUCACCAGCCGUGCCCCCCAUCUCCAUCACAGCCGACACCAACCUCGUGCAGCCUCCCCCCGUUCUCGCUCCACCUUCUCCACCCUCUCCAUCCCCAUCGCCACAUCUCAGCAACACCGACUUCCUGGCUGCAUACUACCCUGGUAAAUCCAUGGCCCACACAAGCUCGACCUACACCUUCACAACCUGUCGGAUCCUCCACCCGACCGAUGAGCUGACGCGCGUCACACCGAGUCUAAACUCAGCCCCAGCGUCGUCCUCCUGCGUGAUGACCAGCACUCUGUUGGGUUCUCCUGCUGUUACACCCUGCACGCCGCGCAGGCUCAGUCUCAGGCCGUCUGAAUCCUCAACUAACCUCAGAGAUGCAACACGCACUACCAGCACCUCCCUCGGGUUAGUGCGGCUUCUCCAGGAGAGAGGCAUCUCAGCAGCGAUGUAUCACCAGAGCCAGGGCCAGGAGUACGGUCAGGGCAACGGAGGAGUCUUAUUCAGCACCUCCAUCACCCCUAACCGAGAGCCCAGCCCCGACCCCCUUCGCGCCUCUACCCCUCCCAACUCGCCCACAGGACAGAGAGCUUCAUCUGUGCCAACAUCCGCGGGCUUCGACUUCAAGAGCCCGUCCUACGACAACUUCCUGACCUCCAAACCGGCCCGCUCCAUUCUGAAGGAGGUGACGGGGAGGAUGAGGGGCAGGCAGAGAGGGAAGGAUUGCGAAAGCCAGACGGACGUUAGCGUGACCGUCCACAACCUCAACCUGCUGGACAAGGUGAAGCGGUUGGGUGUGGCCGGAGCUCAAGGCGGCAGAGCAAUGAGUCCCGGCCCCAUCCUGGGGCCUCUGGGUGGGCUACGCAGAUCCGGCUCCCCUUUUGGACCCGAUGGAAUGAGGAGGAACCGGAGUUAUCCAGCUAUGGUUGGAGCCAGCAUGGCCAUGAAAGCCCCGGGGCCCCAGGAGUAGUCUGGACUGCUGCAGUGGAGCCAAGCAGGAGUCGUGCAGGGCCGAGGGCUGACUGUUGAGCAGCCACCCGGAGCCCAAACACAACAACAGACAGCAACAUGGCACUACCAUCACGUUUCUAAUCUCUGCUGUGGUUCCACACGGACACUAUCCACUCUUUCAUGCUUAUAUUUAAAAAAUAUAUAAAUGAUAAACUAUUCUGGUGUGCACCCUUUCAAAAUAUCUGAGCGUAUAAAACCAACUUCAUUUAAAUACAUUUGAACUAAUUGGAUAAAGUGGCCCCUUUAAAGCAGAAGAUCUCCAUAGUUAUUGAGAUAUCUCCCACUGCUGUCACUUCCCUGCUUUGGAGACUGACUCUGCUGGCUAGAUGUAGUCCUCCCACUCGCCUUUUCUGAAACACAUCCACAAAUCCCCACACACGUCCAGACAGACACAGGUUCACUCUGUUAAAUCUGCCAUCGCACUAGUUGGCUCUUUGUAGUCUCUGUCGCACUAAACCAUGCCUUCAUUCUUCUCCCUUGUUAAGAUCCACCUUUUUAUAAACGAUAAACCUUUCCACCAAAUACAGAAAGAUAUGUCACCUUUACCAUCACUCUAUCCCCUCCGUCUUACCCUUACCAAAAACCCUUGAAGUCACUUUCAGCAAAUCAUUAAAUAGAUUUUAUGUCGGUAUUAAAGAUACUUUGCUUUAGUUGCUAAUUGGCCAUUAGACGGGGGAGUUGAUGGUGCUUCCACGGGACGGCACGGGUCGAUGCGCUGAAGCCGCAGCUCACAAAGAGGAGGAAGAGAGAGGGAAGUGGCUAAUCAGCCGUCGUGGGAAGCUUUCGGACAAAUGAAGCAAUAUAGUGCCUCGACCAUCUAUUGUUCAUUAUUUAUGUUCUUCAUGUGUUGGGUGUGAAAGAGACGUUGUUGCACUUGUGUUUAUUUAUUUUUAAAAAUAUCUUAUGAAUAUAACCUAUUUUUAUUUAAUUUUCUUUGCGUGUCACAUGUGCUCACUGUAAAUACAUUGUCCGUAAUGACACAUCCAUAAAAGGAAUUGUUACGUGUGUGUGUGUGUGUGUGUGUGUGUGUGUGUGUGUGUGUGUGUAGUGCAUAAACAUGAACCACACAUUAUUCUAUAAGUAUUCGGGUGAGCAUGUAAUCAGGGUUUUGUUGAAAAAAAUAAAAAUUCAGUA